UUGGUUUUUCAGAAUUUGAAUUCUCCUCCUAGUGAUGGACCAUCGUUUUUCGUUGAAGAGAUACUGACGGACAGCAAUAUCUCACUCGCUGAGCGGUUAGACUGCCACGUUGAUAAAACAGCACCUCCUCAGGUGAUACUGUCAUGGAAUGCUGGGCAUGGGCAAGACAACCUUGGAGGUUGCCCGGAAUGGAAUUGUAAAUUGACUCAUGACAGGGAAGAGUGGGAAACGCAGGCGCCGUACUAA